AUGGAGGAUAUUUUAAAUAAUGUGGUAGUUUCUAAUACUAAUAAUAGUACUACUAUUGCAACAUCAGAUACACCAUCACCAACUACAUCACAACAGCCAACUGCAUCAGAUCUUCUUGUUAUUAAUAAUAGUAAUUCUCCUCCUUCAUCUGGUGGUGGUGGAAGUGCUAAAGAAUGUAGACGUAAAAAAAAAGCUUAUGUUGCUGAUCUUGAGGAAAAGGCUACACAUCUUGAAGAAGAAAAUGUUAAACUACGUAAAGAACUUGAAGAAUUAAAAGCUAAAGCUAAUUUAAGCGCCAUGAAAAUUGAUGAAAAUGUUCGAUUGGCUAAAGAAGUUUAUAAUCAUUACAAAAGUUUGGAAUCAAAUUCAUUUUUUUCACUUAAUAAUAACGUUGGUAGUGGUAAUGAUGGUAGUAGUGGUUUCAUAAUUGUUGGAAGCGUCAUUAACAAUCCCAAUCCUAAUACUGGUGGUCGUGAUGGCUUUACCACUGCUGGUUACACGCUUGGCAGUGGUCGUCGUGUUAGUAGCGGAAAUUAA